AUGUCCAGCCAAGAAAGUCCUGGUAUGGAGUUCUCUACAACAACAGUCAGUUCAGUUGCUGUGCAGGCUGGGGACUCCAAAAUCGUUAUAGCUGUUAUAAAGUGUGGCAAAUGGAUACAACUUCAACUGGCUGAAUCACAGCCCAAUCUCCUAGAAAUUGGUAGCAGUCAAGAUGAAACCAAAAAACUUCUUCAUGACCAUGAACUUCUUUUGGCCAAACUCAAGGCUCUGGAAGAUCGAGUCUGGGAACUCCUCCAGGAAGCAGACAAGACAGCUGAAGAGAACAAGGACCUGAGUCAGGUCUAUGAUGCCAUGGCUAAUACAUUGGGUGAAGCAUGGGCAGCCCUGGUCUCCAUGCUUGAAAGAAGACGGGAGCUCCUCAAAUUGACCUCUGAAUUUUUUGAAAAUGCAUUGGAGUUUGCUAUUAAAAUAGAUGAGGCUGAAGAUUUCCUCCACAACACUCAGGAAUUUGAGAAUGCUGAAUCCUUAAAAUCACUUCUUCAGCUCCAUGAACAUCACACUAAAGAACUCUUAGAAAGAUCUCUUGCCCUUCUAAACAAAAGUCAACAACUCACUGAAUUCAUAGAAAAAUUCAAAUGUGAUGGGCCUAAUGUGAAUCCUGAGUUGAUUCAGGGAGCUCAUAGCAGCUGCUUAAAGAUUGACAGCCUUCUUGAACUUCUACAAGACAGGAGACGGCAACUAGACAAGUACCUGAAGCGACAGAGGCAGGAAUUGGAGCAAGUUAUGCGGAUGUGUCAGUGGGACCAGCAAGAAAACCAGGUGACUUGUUGGUUUCAGAAAACUAUAAGAGAUUUACAAGAACAACAUCUAGGUUCAUCACUUUCAGACAAUGAAGAGCUAAUCCAUAAGCAUGAGGAACUGAUGAUAAAAGCAAAGGAAUGGAAUUCCACUAUUGAGAGGCUGAAGAGUGAGGCGCUUGAGAUUCUGCUAUCAAAGGACUAUGUGGAGAAGGAACAUCUACAGCUUUCUAACCAGAAACUCAAUCAGCUUCAAGAAGAAUUUGGUCAGCUCAUGGUGGAAAGAGAAACCUGGUUAAAAAAGGCAAAUGCCUUUUUUAACAGUGCCAACAAGGCAUUUGAUGUACUUGGAAGAGUUGAAGCUUACCUUAAGCUCCUUAAAUCAGAAGGUUUAAGUCUGCCUGUCUUGGCAACGAGGCAUGAGGAAUUAUACAGAGAAAUUAAAGACUGCACAGCUGAUGCUUUGCAAAAGGGACAAGCCUUAAUUAGCCAAGUAAACGUUUACAGCCCUCGGGUGACCGGGAUCCAUGAGAUGAUAGGAUGCAUUCAGAGACGAGUGGAUCAUCUGACCGAACAAUGUUCAGCAUACAAGGAAUUCGCUCUUAAGAAACAGCAACUAACAGCCUCAGUGGAGGGUCACCUAAGGAAGGUGGAAUUGUCAAUUCAGAAAAUCAGUCCAGUACUUUCCAAUCCAAUAGAUGUUAGUUCCAGUCUGUCUGAAUCAGAGAAGAUUUUGAAUAAAUAUCUGGAACUGGAUACCCAAGCUAAGGAAGCAUCACAUGAAUUAGAAGCAGCUGCAAAACUCAUGACGGAGAAAAAUGAAUUUGAGCCUGAUGAAGUGACAUCACUUUCUUCUAAAGCUAAAUGGUUAGAAGAAGAAUUAAAAAUACUUGGCCAAAGUGUUGGCUCUAGGUCUCGAGUCCUGCAAACUCAUGUGGCAUUUCUAAAGUCAUCAGAGGAGGUAGAGGAGCAGUCUCAGAGACUAAAGGAGUUUUACCAAACGGAAAUCUCUUGGAAGGAGAAGGAUGAUGUUAAAGCCCAGUAUGGGUGUGUCUCGGCUGACAAACAGUGGCAGCUAUUUUUAAGGAAGAGUUCUUUCACCCAAGACCUGGGACUCGAGUUCCUUAAUUUAAUAAAUAUGGCACAAGAGAAUGAGGUAUUAAAUGUGGAAAAUGAAGUGUACAUUAUGAGGAACACUGUGGAGAACCAAAAGGCACACAGGGAAGCACUUUCCCACCUUUGGGUGGCAUGGCAAGUUAAAAACAUUGGAAGCAAGCCUGUGAAACAGCAGUGGGAAGCAUUCAAAGAGCAACUGAAAAAGACUACUCACAACUUAAAACGUCUUCAGGAAGCACUUAUGCCAGUAUCUGCACUUGACCUUGGAGGGAGACUUCAGACCAUUUUAGAUCUACGGAGAAAAUGGAAUGAAAUGAAGCCACAGUUCCAGCAACUGAAUGAUGAAGUUCAAUACAUUAUAAAAUUAUCAGAAGAGUUAAGUGGUAAAGGAGCCCCUGUGAAAGAAAAGUCUCAACAACUGAGGGACCUUAUUCACCUCCAUCAGAAACAAAAAGAGAGAAUCCAAGAUUACGAGAAUAUCCUGUACAAGGUAGUCCAGUUUCACCAAGUAAAGGAAGAGCUGGGACAGCUCAUCAAAUUAAGAGAACUAGAGUUUCUGGAGCAGCCAAAGGAGCUGAGUGAUGCUCAGGAUGCCCACGUUCGUCUCAGUCGUUCGCAGGAGAAGCAGGCACACAUAGACCAUCUCCAUCAGCUGGCCCUGUCCUUGGGAGUGGGCAUCAUCUCAUCGGUGCAGCAGCCUAACUGCUCCAAUGUUUCUGCAAAGAACCUACAGCAGCAGCUGGAGAUCCUUGAGGGGGACAGUGUGAACUGUCGUGCCAAAGCCAAGGAGUAUGAGCAAGCCCUGUCCCACAGCUUAGAGUAUUGUGCUGCAAGAGACGAGAUAACAGAGUUCAAAGAGUCAUUCAAAGAUAUCAAAAAGAAAUUCAACAAUUUGAAGUUUAAUUACACUAAGAAAAAUGAAAAAGCACGGACUCUGAAGGCUCUUAAAUAUCAAAUUCAACAAGUUGAUAUGUAUGCUGAAAAAAUGCAGGCUUUGAAAAGGAAAAUGACAAAAGUUGAGAACAGAGUCUCUGAUUCUUUCUUAAAAAAUCCAAAUAAUAAAGUUAAUGUCCUUUUGGAGGCCAUAAAGGAUGUGCAAAAACAUGUGGAUGAGUUUGACAAAGUUGUGACAGAUUACAAGAAGAACUUGGACCUGACAGAGCAUUUGCAGGAGAUGAUAGAAGAGUGUUACUUUUGGUAUGAAGAUGCAAGUGCCACUAUCAUCAGAGUUGGAAAAUAUUCUACAGAGUGUAAGACAAAAGAAGCUGUGGAAAUUCUGCACCAGCAGUUUAAUAAAUUUAUCAUACCCUCUGUGCCUCAGCAAGAAGAAAGGAUUCAGGAGAUCACUGACCUUGCUCAGCGCUUAUAUGGUUUGGAAGAAGGGAAGAAAUACGCUGAGAAAAUAGUGGCAAAACACAAAGAGGUUCUUGAAUCUGUUACUGAAUUAUGUGCAUCUCUCACAGAGCUUGAAGAAAAACUGAAGCAGGGAGGCGUUUUAAAGAUAAAUCCAAAUAUGGAAGACUUCCAUGAUGAUUGUAUUGACCUACUAAAAGAACCAGCAAAAAAGAAGCAGACAAUAUUCAAUGCACAAAGCUAUAAGGGACAGGUACAAGUGGCAGAUAUUUCGGCCAUUAAAGGAGCAGGGAAUGAACAGCUUCCACAGGACCUGAAGCAGUAUGCCUCUGCCAAAGAGGGUAGCAUCCAGGGCCUGCUCCUGUCUGAAGACAUGCUUUCAGGAGAAGAAUAUGAGUGUGUCUCACCUGAUGACAUCUCCUUGCCUCCACUCCCAGGAAGCCCUGAAUCUCUCCUGGCACCAUCUGACAUGGAGCUGGAGGAGCCCCCUCGCUCCUCUUCCUUCAGCCUUCACCUAAGCAGCUUCAGGACGCAGACUGAGGCCAGUAGUCGAGGGCAAGCCCAGGAGUCUGUUCUCCCACCACCUGUGGCUUUUGCUGACGUGUGCCCUGAUAAGAGAGAAACACCUUCAAGUCAUUUUGAGAGACCUUACUCCCAACUCAAAGUUGAGGCCCCGUUAACCUCCCAGGCAUUUCUGGAAAAGAGCAUUGCCUUCCGCAGAAUCAGUGCUAAACAUCCAGAGAGCAUGCCGAAUGAAGUGCAUGAGAGAGCUUUACAGCAGCACCCUCAGCCUCAGGGAAGCUUGAUAGGGACACAGGAGAAAAUGCAUGCUGGUAAUAAGGUCACUAAAACCCAAGGCAGGCUGCAUGCUUCCCCUGAGGCCUCCUCUGGCCUCAGGUUUCAAUCAGACACCAGCCGGGGCUAUCCAAGGCCAGUGGUUCCCCGAGAAGAGAUUAAAAGUACAUCAGCAAACAACAGAGUUGUCAGCCUAGCUGGCCAGGCACCUAAUUUCUCCAGGCUCCUGUCUAAUGUCACUGUCAUGGAAGGUUCUCCAGUGACUUUGGAAGUUGAAGUAACAGGAUUUCCAGAACCAAUACUGACAUGGUACAAGAAGGGCCAGGAAUUGUCUGCAGAUGGUCACUUACAGGUUUUACACGAGGAGACAAACCAUUCAGUGUUCAUUCCGAAGGUAUGCAAGGCAGAUGCAGGCCUCUAUGUUGCUCGGGCCCAAAACUCUAGUGGCACUCUCUCUUCCAAUGUCUUCCUCCACGUGACAGGUAACUGCAGGCCACCAAUCACAAGGAUAAACUGGAUAACGCUGUGUGUGAUCUAUGUUAGUGUGUCUUUAAUGUACUGGCUACUCACACAGUAA